CGCCGACUCGCUUCCUUCGCCCCCGCCUUCCUCCCAUGCUGGCCUUUUGCUUUGUGUGAUCGGAUCCCGCUCAACGGAGUGGCGCAAUGCCAGGGACGCUUUUGCCCCCGAGAUCACACCGGCAGCACGCACAGAUGGAUCGAACAUCUGCGUCCCGGCCGGACUUCUACCUGAUUACCGAUCAGGAUACGGUUUACGAACAAGACCUGCUGCGCGAUGCUGGUAGUGUCAAGCCAUGGCUUGCCUAUAUCGAGUUCAAGCAGCAAAAUGGCACUCUUUACGAACAAGCCUUUGUUAUGGAGCGCGCCUGUCGAAAGUUGCCGCGGUCAUAUAAGCUAUGGAAAAUGUACUUGGAAUUCCGAAUGAAGCAUCUAAAGGGCAGGAAUCCCACUGUCUACCGCGCCGAGUACGUCAAGGUCAAUGCUCUUUUCGAACGAGCUUUAGUCCUCUUGAACAAGAUGCCUCGCAUCUGGGAGAUGUACUUGUCGUUUUUGCUCCUUCAACCCUUGGUGACACAGACCCGGCGAACAUUUGAUCGUGCCCUUCGUGCACUUCCGGUCACCCAACACAACCGAAUCUGGAGACUUUUCAAGGGCUUCGCGCGAUCUGCUUCAGGACCAACUGCUGUAAAGAUCUGGGCUCGGUACAUGCAGAUUCAUCCGGAGAAUGCGGAAGAGUACAUUGAAAUCCUGGUCGAGAUGGGCCAAUACACAGAGGCUGUAAAAGUGUUUAUGGAAAUCUUGGACAACCAGCGAUUCCAAUCUAAGAAUGGCAAGAGCACUUUCCAGCUCUGGACCGAAAUGGUCGACCUCUUGGUCUCCAAGGCCAAGAAGAUUGAGACCGGCCCUCAAGUGGGAAUCGACGUCGAUGCCAUUCUCCGCAGCGGAAUCGAGCGAUUCGCGGACCAGCGAGGAAAACUUUGGGCUGGCCUUGCUACGUAUUGGAUCACAAAGGGUAGCUUUGAGAAAGCACGAGAUGUGUUUGAAGAAGGAAUUACUACCGUCAUGACCGUACGGGAUUUCACGCUCAUCUUUGACUCGUAUGUUGAGUUUGAGGAGUCCAUAAUCGGCAAUCUGAUGGAGGCCGCAGCUGUCCGUUCAGAGAAGGGCAAGCUUGAUGAAGAGGCUGACUUUGAUCUGGACCUUCGCAUGCUGCGAUUUGAACAAUUGAUGGACCGACGGCCGUUCCUGGUCAAUGACGUUCUGUUACGACAAAACCCGCACAAUGUCAUUGAAUGGGAGAAGAGGGUGGCCUUGUGGGGUGACAAUAAGGGGGAAGCUGUCAACACCUACACAGCUGCCAUUGCGGCAAUCAACCCCAAGAAAGCACAUGGAAAGUUCUCCGAGUUGUGGGUCAACUAUGCCAAACUUUAUGAGGAUGGUGGCGAUCUAGAGACCGCGAGAGUCAUUUUCGAUAAGGCUGUAAAGGUCCCCUUCAAAUCUGUCGCUGAGCUUGCCGAGACCUGGUGUGAAUGGGCGGAAAUGGAACUUCGCUCGGAGAACUUUGACCGGGCCGUUGAUAUCAUGGCAAAGGCGACACAGGCACCUAAGAAGUCUACCGUGGACUAUUUCGAUGAAAGCUUAUCCCCGCAACAAAGAGUGCACAAGAGUUGGAAGCUGUGGAGUUUCUAUGUUGAUCUCGUCGAGAGUGUGUCCUCGCUGGAAGAGACCAGGAAAGUCUACGAGCGGAUUUUCGAACUGCGUAUCGCGACACCCCAGACCGUUGUCAACUACGCAAACCUCUUGGAAGAAAACAGUUACUUCGAAGAUUCUUUCAAGGUGUACGAGCGUGGCUUGGAUCUCUUCAGCUAUCCGGUGGCCUUUGAGCUUUGGAAUCUAUACUUGACCAAGGCCGUGGACCGCAAGAUUGGUAUUGAAAGACUUCGAGAUCUCUUUGAGCAAGCUCUGGAUGGAUGUCCGCCAAAAUUCGCCAAGCCGCUGUACUUGAUGUAUGGCAAUUUGGAAGAAGAGCGAGGCCUUGCCCGACAUGCGAUGCGCAUCUAUGAACGUGCGACUCGCGAGGUUUCUGACGAGGACCGAUUCGAGAUGUUCGAGUUCUACAUCACCAAGUCAGCCUCCAACUUCGGACUUACCUCUACGAGACCGAUCUAUGAGCGGGCUAUCGCGGCUCUGCCAGACCAAGAGGCCAAGGAGAUGUGCCUCAAGUUUGCUGAGAUGGAACGCCGGCUGGGUGAGAUUGACCGGGCGCGUGCGAUCUAUGGACAUGCAUCCCAAUUCUGCGAUCCUCGGACCAAUGCGCCCUUCUGGCAGAAGUGGGAGGCGUUCGAAGUGCAACAUGGAAACGAAGACACGUUCAAGGAGAUGCUCCGCAUCAAGAGAAGUGUCCAGGCUCAAUACAAGUAUGAUCUAUCCAUUGACCCCACCUUGUUUCUAACUUAAGUCACUGACCUAUCUCCAGCACCGACGUCAAUUUCAUCGCCUCGCAGGCUAUCGCCCGCAGUCAGCAGCGCCUCCAGGAUGGUCUACAGGGCGAGGGCGAGGGCGAGGCUGCCGAGCGUGCCGAUGCCAUGGCUGCAUUGGAGCGCGAGGCUCGUGCCCCAGUGGGCUUCGUUGCCGCCAGCACUGGACCGGAGGGGGGCAAUCGGCCUCCCCCUGCAGGCCAAGAACAACCUGCUGCACCCGCCAACCCGGAUGCCAUCGACCUAGACGACGAUAUGGACGAAUAAGAGACCCAAAUGGGGGUUUCGAAACUGGGCCAUGGGAAACCACAACUACCAGUCUGGACGCUGAAUCCUUUCAAUUGCCAUCAUCGACCCCUGUCACUAGAAUUCCUUUCUUUCUUCUCUCGUAUAAGUACCAUUGCAACGGAUGUCACUCCCAUUUCCUUUUUAUCCAUUGGUGUUGUGCGCCACUUUUUAUUUCUUGCGUCCCAAGGAGUUUGUCUGCUCUUGUGCCGACUCGAGCGUCAUGCUCGAUAAUGAAUGUUCAUUACUUCGUUGCUCACUUUCCACUAGCAGUCUCAUCGCUUGCGAUACCUGCCCCGCUAAGGCAUCUUUCUUGUAUAGAGUACCAAUUCAGGAUUGUAUUUCUUCUUUUCAUACUGGUGAUUUGCAGUUCUCCAGUUC